AUGACGGCGACGUGCAUCCAACAGCCCGCUCGCACCAACAAUUCGGCCAGUCAAGCGAGCCUUGUUGCCCUACCUGGCUGCAUGCUGCUGCGGGUCUUGUUUUGGGGCCUCGAAGGAGAAAUUUGGAACGGCGCCGAAGUUUUUUCUUAUGCACACUUGCAUCGUCGGCCCCAUUUGCCCCUUCAUCAUUGUGCAUGGUGGCACCGCGCAAUCCUUGUCUUGCCCUCUGCGGCCUUGUCUCACCCAUCCUCUUUCAUGGCCAAAUGA